AUGGCCUAUCUUAUUCUAACUGAAAAAUCCAUGAAUCGUUUUCAGCUGCUUGAUUGGGUUGGACAGGACCCUAUCAUGAGGCAAGUGGAAGGAAAAAAUCCCAUUACCAUAUUUUCCCUCACAAUCAAUGAGAUGUGGUGGACAGGAGAUAGUGAAGUGGGCGAGGGAGGUGACAUCAGUAAGAAGACAACAUGGUACAGGAUAUCUGUCUUCAGACCAGGCCUCAGGGAUGUCACCUAUCAUUAUGUGAUGAAGGGCUCUCAAAUCUUUGUUGAAGGGAAGAUAGAUUAUGGUGAAUAUACAGAUAAGAACAAUGUGCGGUGACAGGCCACAACAAUUAUAGCAGAUAAUGCGAUUUUUCUGAGUGAUGGCUCAAUGAGAGACAAGGUGUGAUGUCGUCAG